ACGACGAGAUCAGGUCGCAAGAUGCCUUUGUAUAAAGAUUUACUUCAUCCAAGUGCUGAGGAAGAGAAAAGAAAACACAAAUUAAAAAGGCUGGUACAGUCACCUAACUCGUAUUUCAUGGAUGUAAAGUGUCCAGGAUGUUACAAAAUAACUACAGUAUUUAGUCAUGCUCAGACGGUUGUCCUGUGUGUCAGCUGUUCAACUGUUUUAUGCCAGCCAACAGGUGGUAGGGCACGAUUGACAGAGGGCUGUUCUUUCAGGAGAAAACAACAGUAAAAUAGU